UCCUCCUCUUCUGUAGGAAUGUGAGUCAGAUAGUGGGAUGGUGUUGACCCUGGACGAAGUCAAGAGCCGGAAGAGGCUGGAGAUCCGCUCCUGGCCGUAUGGAAUCAUGGCUCUCGCGAGAAAAGCAAUCAACAAAAGCAAAGAAUCCGUGUUCAGCGAGAAUGAGCGAGAAUCCAUGAAGUACCACCCAAGUGUUCCACUGGAGGACGACCUGAUGGAAGACUCCAUUCUCCUGCCAAUGGAUGCCAGCCUGGAGUGCCAUAGCCCGCCUCCAGAUUAUAACUCUGUGAUCCAGUACUCAGCUCCUCCAGUGUAGCCAACCAGCCCUGGGGUGACCACUAUGUUUUGCAUCUCUGACCAUGCAGUAUUCUAAGCCAGCUUCCUGGUUUUCUUCUUGCUUAACAGAACUGCUGUCCCAAGCGGAGAAGCCAGAUCAUGGCUAAUUUGUCCUUGGAGUCAAACGCACAUUGACCUCGCUGUACACAGUGCAAGUGGGAAUUCUCUUAAGAGCGGUUCUCUGCAGGCUGCCUCCCCACCUCUCUGGCUUUUGUUUCCCAGCCUUCCCCACUGAUUUUUUUUUUUUUUUCAUGCAGUCCAUCUUUUAUUCAGUGGGGUUUGCUCUCUCAAAGCUCUGGGCUGCAUACCAAUUUUUUUCCUUUUUUUAAAUUUUUUGUUGCUUGUAAGCAGUUGCUAUGAAAAUUCAGUUCUAAACCCCAAGGCUUGUUGUCCAAGAAUAAUUAUCCUCAAUAUUUUAGGAACAGCGAUUAAAACUUAGCCUGAAUUCUGAAAAUCAGAUUUAUUGCAGAACCUGAAGGAAUCUGCCAGAACACGCAGGCACACCGACACACUCUCAAAUUGCAAUUUAUAUUUAGCCACAACCAGCCUGCAAAACGAGGCUGAGAAGGGUUCUGUGUGGAUAAUUUUGCUCAUUGGGCAACACGUGUAAGAGCACUAGCUAAAUGCAAUAAUAAUGAAAUAUAUAUUGAGAGAGAGAGAGAGUACAGGAAAGAAAAGGCCUCAGGUGUUCUAGUGGGCUAGGAAAGUCAGACCCCAUGAAACUGUGAAUAGAAAAGCUUCUUAAAGGAGGUGUAAGAAUUGCUUGCUCUCCAGACCCUGAAGCUGCUACAGUAGAGCACCCUGCUUAAUGCACAGCAAGAGAAACCCUUCUAAAGUCCAGUGAGCUUCAGUUAAGCAUGGAGAAGCAUGUCUGUUUCCCCAUCUCUGUUGUAAUAAGCCGUGUAGCUAGAGAAAAAACGGGCUUCCUUUGAAAGCACUUAAUUUGCCAAUAGUUUAGUCAUAGGAUCAGUGGAAAAGGACAAACUUUCUGUGUACCAAGCUGACCUGGGUGCAAAUGGAGUUGGAUGCUGUUCAGGGA